AUGCACACAGGGAAAUGCCAAGCAGGAGAAUGGCCUGCUACGGAGACUGGAGAAGAGGAGGAAGAGAAAGGUUCAUCAAGUCAGCCUAUUGCUCUGAGGAAUUGUUUUCACCUGCAGAGGAACAGCAUUCUUGAGAAACUCAUCAAAACCUGCCCGGUUUGGCUCCAGUUUGGCAUCAGUCUGGAAAAGGCUUCUGACAUACUCUGCAAGGAACCAUUGGGGAUAUUUAUGGUUCGGAAAGAUGAGACCCUGAAAAAUCUAUUCCUGUUAGUUCAUUUUCCAGCCCAGAAAGAGGGGUGUGACAUUCUAGAAUACAAGAUAAAAGAAGAAAAAUCUUUACUGCACCUGGAAGGAUCUCUUCUUGUGUUUGAAGACAUCUUCAAACUGGUGGCAUUCUACUGUGUCAGUAGAGAUCUGCUUCCUUACACACUAAGAUUGCCACAAGCAAUAUUGGAAGCCAAUAGUGCCACGGAAUUAGAAACCAUCUCUGAUUUGGGGACAGGUUUCUGGGACUCCACUUUACAUCAAAGACAAGGAAGCAGCCUUCUCCAUUCUGUGAAAGAUCCUGCUUACAUCAUAGCUCAAGCCAAAAAAGGAAAGAACCCCAGCCAGCCUUUUGCAAGCGGCCUGAAGAAUUGUUCAUGUGAAACUGAGCUGUCAAUAGGAAGUGACAAGCUGUGGUUUGUAAAUCCUAUUUUUAUAGAGGAGAGCAGCUAUCAAUUUCCCCCACAAGUUUCUCCUUCAGAUAUCUUCAGGGAGAGUCCUUCUGGUGGUAGAAACCUUGUGACAAAACCUCCAAAGAAAUCUCCUACUCGACGUCCUCCACCUCCACCUCCACCUCCUUCUCUUCCUCCUCCUUCUCUUUCUCCUCCUCCUCUUCUUCCUCCUCCUCCUCCUCCACCACCACCUCUAUUGUCCUUUCAUGCUGUGAAACAAGCCAAAACAUCUUCUAUGACCCCUUCCAAAGAGGAUCAAUUCCAUAAUUUGGAGAAAACCAAAAAGGAGAUGAAAACUGAAAUUAGCAAAGACAAAGAAGAUAGCAGACAAGAGAUCCUUUUUCCUCACAGCCUUCCAUCUACAAAUUCAAAGAAGAUUCCUCCAUCCAUUCCACCAAGGCGAUGGUCCUCUGAGAAAACUUCAGGAAACUCUUCCUUUGAUAAAAGCCAGAAAUGUUUACUGCCAGAAGAAAAACAAGUAGAAAAACAGAACAGGAAGAAUGAAACUUUGACUAACGAUCACCAGGGUGACAAAGCUCCAGAUAUAUUGGUGGAAGUGACAGAGAAAUCUGCCUCAAAUGCUCAAGACAUGAAGCUUGAUGGAGAGGACAAGAAGGUACUUACGGAACAGCAGCAGAACAUAUCAUCGGGAAAACCAUCGCAGCCUCCCAUCCCACCACGAAGAAAGAAGAAGUUCUUUAAACAGUCAUCAUCUACCAGCACUUUUUCUUUGGAGCACAAGAACAUUGAAGAGUCAGAAGCUCAAGGAGAAAACAAACAAACAGUAGAAAAAACUCAUUCCAUUUCCAAAGAGGAAUCAAAAUCUCAUCUUAAACUUGUCAGCAUAUCAGAUUGUGAACAUUCAAGUGAUUCAUUGUAUUCUCCUGUAGGCAAUGCAGGGGCUCAAAUGUCUGCCUCUGAGCCAGAUUCUUAUUCUACAAGUAGCACUGAAGAUGAGUUUGAAUUGAGGACCGGUCAAUUCCCUACAGUGAAGAAGACCCAUUCUAUGAUUUUAGGCAAGGCCAAGCGUCGCCUGUCCAUGGUCAGCCUAAGCAAUGUCUUCACAGCAUUUCUCUCUUCUGACCGAAAGCUCCAGAAGAAGAUUGUGGAACUGGCCCAGGAUAACGACUCUUACUUUGGCAACUUGGUUCAGGACUAUAAAGUCUACAGUCUGGAGAUGAUGGCAAAGCAGAUCUCCAGCACAGAAAUGCUACAAGAGAUUCGCUUAAUGAUGACACAAUUGAAAAGUUACUUAAUUCAAAGUACCGAGCUGAAAUCUUUAAUGGACCCAACUGUUCAUACAGAUGAGAAGCUAGAGGUGAUAAUAGAAUCAGCUUUGCACAAAUGUGUCUUGAAGCCUUUAAAAGUGCCCAUUGAUACUUAUCUACGGGAAAUCCAUAACAAAGACGGAUCUUUCAAACUCCUAAAGGAAAACCAGCAAGUCAUACAAAAUACAACUACAACUGAAUUGGGGGUCACCACUAGUGUGCCUGAAUCUGCUCUGCUGGAAAGAAUAUUCCAUAAAUUCACAACCAUGACCAAGGCUUAUUCUCCAGAAAAGAAAAUCAGCAUUCUACUGAAGUCUUGCAAGCUCAUUUAUGAUUCUAUGACUCAAGGAAACCCAGGGAAGCCUCAUGGAGCAGAUGACUUCCUUCCAGUGCUAAUGUAUGUUCUGGCCCGCAGUAACCUGACAGAGAUGAUCCUCAAUGUAGAGUAUAUGAUGGAACUUAUGGACCCUGCUCUGCAGCUGGGUGAAGGUUCUUAUUAUUUAAUCACUACUUAUGGGGCAGUAGAGCUUAUCAAAAGCUAUGAUAAGAUUGCGGUCACUCGACAACUAAGCACUGAAGUUCAAGAUUCGAUCCACCGCUGGGAGAGACGGAGAACACUUAACAAAGCCCGGGCAUCUCGAUCGUCUGUUCAGGAUUUCAUUGCAAUUUCUUUUAUGGAGGCUGAUGCCAAAACAAGGACACUGGCAUAUCGGACCGACUCCACGACUCAUCAGUUGAUUCAACAGUGCGCUGAGAAAUUUGAAGUCUCAGAGCCUCAGGACUAUGGGCUGUUUGUCCAACUUGAUAAUAAAACUAUGCAGAUGGAUGACGAUGCCCUCCCUCAUCAGAUCAAAUCCCAUCUCCUGAACAAAGAGCCCAGGCUGACUUUCUGCUUUAUUUAUAAACAACUUGGUGGAGAAGAAUCACCAGUUCCUGUUAUCAAGGACACAGAUGACUUGUAGCAGCAAGGUUACCCUCUUGAAGCAAACUUAGUUUAGAUGUUUCUUCUUCCCAAUCAUCUCCUCCAGCAGCAGAAACUCUCCAAAAUACAGUUUCUUCUCUGGAUGGUGACAUGGGUAGCAUAUGCAAUCCUCCUCUGGGGCAUUUACUUGACAGAAUUCAUUUGCAGUCAUAAAUGGAAUAUCAAAGGGAAGUUCAUUCUUGGAAGGAGAAAAAAAGCCAUACUUGAAUAGUAGUUUGGAGCCUCAAACCAUGGAUGGAUGAUGGAUGAUGUCGCCAGAUUCCCUGGCACAAAGUAAAUGGUUUUGAAAUUAUGGACCUCCUGGCAAAUUGUUAGACAUUGUAGCAUCAUCUCCUCAAUGUAUAACAGAAAGGGUGUUUUGGAUGGUCAUCACAAAAAAUUCAAAAUCCACAUUUUCAGAUACAAAAUAAUUUGCCAUGAAGAUACAAUUGACAAUCAAGAGUCUGGCCAUAAAUUAAUGUAGAAAUGUUUUCAUUCCAUGUCUCCUCUAUCCCAAUUAUUGUUCAUAAAUUCAUUCUUAGGAGUGUAUCAGAAAGGAGUUUUGUAUCAGUAGUUUACUUCUGAAAGGAGAAGUAUAUGUAUUAGAAGUAGAAGCUUUACUUUUGAAUGCCAAAUCCUCUAGCUAGUACUGACAAAGAUACCUGUUAAAAACCAGGGAGAACAGUUGGCAGUUAGAGUUAGACUCUGGCAAUGUGUGCCAGAGUCUAACUCUGCAUAAGGUAACCACCUUUAUACCUGGAUGAAGAAGGAAAGAAGCAGCAUAAGAAGAGAUGACAAGAGUAGAGAGAGCAAAGUAAAAGAACAUUAUUAUAACAAGUUUUUGCGAAUCACAGACCAUUUCAUUUAUCUGUGUCGUUAAGUUAUCAUACGAUUCCUCAUUGUUGUUAUAAUAGGGGCUAUGAAAAAACAGUUGAUUUGAGGAAUCGUUAUCUUCUAUUGUUUGUCCUCUGAACAUUUCACUUUGGGUACAGAAUGUGACUCUCCAGAGCUCUCCACAACAAUACAAAGCCAGACACACAACCUGGCCAUGAGAAGCCAAACCUUGUGUAUUAGCCCAUGAGGAUGAUGGUUUUAGCAUAUGAAUCUGUGAUGGCAUCCAAUAAUGCUGAUUUAUACAGUCUGUCAUCUAUCUAUCUAUCUAUCUAUCUAUCUAUCUAUCUAUCUAUCUAUCUAUCUAUCUAUCUAUCUAUCUA